AUGGGGCUACGAUCAGAUACGAUUGAGGAAGGCUUUGCUGAUUGGAUUAAAUCAUGUUAUCUGUCCUACAAACCAGAUGAGAUGAAGACAAUCACACAAGCUUUGUGGGCCAUUUGGAAGGCACGAAACGAGAACCUGUUCAAUGGCAGACUCCAGGAUCCUACUGCAGCAAUUCAUAAGGCUUUGGCACUUUUGAUGGAAUGGUUGGAAGCACAAGAGAAGACGCAUCAAAGCAGUGGCACUAGCAGUAAUGUGGUUUGGAAACCUCCACCAGAAAACUCACUAAAGGUGAAUAUAGAUGCAGGGUGGACAGGAACCGAGGCUAUAGGGUUUGGGUUAGUGGUGCGUGAUCAUAAUGCCAGGAUGAUGUUUGCUGCUACAUAUAUGGAGCCUGCUCGCUUUGAUCCAGCUAUGGCGGAGGCAUUAGCAUUGAGAUGGAGCUUGAGCGUGAUUGAGGAACUGGGCAUGGAUGAUGUGGUAAUUGAGACAGACUCAAUGAUAGUCUACAAAGCUAUGAGGGAGGCUCAUUGCAAGCCUUACAUUGAGCCAAUUAUUUUAGACUGCAAGUUUUUAGCCUCCAUGUUUCCUAAGUUUUCCAUUAGUCAUGUAAAAAGAAAAGCUAAUAAUUCAGCCCAUUCCUUAGCUGCCUUAGCAAAUGAAUUCCCCUCUAAUGUGUGGUGGGAUAAUCCUCCUCGCUCAGUUGCAGAGGCUAUCUUUGUAGAUGUUUUUUCUUUUGAUUAA